GAGUACCAGCUCCCUAUUACCCUGAGGGCGGGCGGGCCUGCAGCCGAAGAAAGGAGGCGGAAAAGAAAUUGUCCCGGAUCCCUGCAGGUCUGCUGUAGCAGGUGGCACUGCUUGAAGCAAGGGAGGAACUUUCCCCCUCCAUCAGUGGAGAGCAGAAAGAUUGUUGGGCGUGGCAACACCUCACAGUAAAGGAAGAAGGGGCAAGCUGCUUGUUCCCAGGAGGUUUAUCUCCAGAACUAGUUACUGCAGCUUCGAAGUGACUGAAGAAGAUCGUUCUCCAUAGGCCUGCACUCAGGCCCGAAGCCCUCUUCCCCUAUUUUGAGUGGCCACUCUAUUUCCUGGUCCCUGCCGUUGUCAGGGACGAUUGCAUGGGCUACGCCAGGAAAGUAGGCUGGGUGACUGCAGGCCUGGUGAUUGGGGCUGGAGCCUGCUACUGCAUCUACUGCAUCUACAGAUUGGCCCGAGGAAGAAAGCAGAACAAGGAGAAGAUGGCCGAGGGUGGCUCUGCUGAUGUGGAUGAUGCCGGGGACUGUUCUGGGACCAGGUAUAAUGACUGGUCUGAUGAUGAUGAUGACAGUAAUGAGAGCAAGAGUAUCGUUUGGUACCCACCUUGGGCCCGGAUUGGCACUGAAGCAGGGACCAGAGCUAGAGCCAGGGCCAGAGCCAGGGCUACGAGGGCUCGGAGAGCUGUCCAGAAAAGGGCUUCUCCUAACUCAGAUGAUACUGUUUUGUCCCCUCAAGAGUUACAAAAAGUACUUUGUUUGGUUGAGAUGUCUGAAAAGCCUUAUAUUCUUGAAGCAGCUUUAAUUGCUCUAGGUAAUAAUGCUGCUUAUGCAUUUAACAGAGAUAUUAUUCGGGAUUUGGGUGGUCUCCCAAUUGUUGCAAAGAUUCUCAACACGCGGGAUCCCAUCGUGAAGGAAAAGGCUUUAAUUGUCCUAAAUAACUUGAGCGUGAACGCUGAAAAUCAGCGUAGGCUUAAGGUAUACAUGAAUCAAGUGUGCGAUGACACAGUCACUUCUCGAUUGAACUCAUCUGUGCAGCUGGCUGGACUCAGAUUGCUUACAAACAUGACUGUUACUAAUGAGUAUCAGCACAUACUUGCUGAUUCCAUUUCAGACUUCUUUCGCUUAUUUUCAGCAGGAAAUGAAGAAACCAAACUUCAGGUUUUGAAACUCCUUUUGAAUCUGGCUGAAAACCCAGCCAUGACUAGAGAACUGCUCAGGGCGCAAGUGCCAGCUUCGCUGGGCUCCCUCUUUAGUAAGAAGGAGAACAAAGAGGUUAUUCUUAAACUUCUGAUCAUUUUUGAGAACAUCAAUGACAAUUUCAAAUGGGAAGAAAAUGAGCCUGCUCAGAAUCACUUUAGUGAGAAUUCGCUUUUUUUCUUUUUAAAAGAAUUUCAAGUGUGUGCCGAUAAGGUUCUGGAAAUAGAGAGCCACCAGGAUUUUCUAGUGAAAGUAAAAGUUGGAAAAUUUGCAGCCAAACUGACUGAGCAUAUGUUCCCAAAAAGCCAGGAAUAACUUGGUGGCUUUGUAAUAUAGCAGCAACACACCUUGUAAACUAUUCUUUUUCUCCACCUUGUUUAUAUGGCAAAGGAAUCCUUUCAGCUGCCAGUUUUGAAUAAUGAAUAUCAUACUGUAUCAUUGAUACUGAUAUUUAACCGAGUUUGUCUUCAGGUUUAAGUUGGAUGAAUGAAUACUACUUGCCCUGAAAACAUGUUUGUUGCUUUUUAUCUCGCUGCCUAGAUUGAGAUAUUUUUACUGUUUUCUCUACAUAAGUGACAGUGAACCAAUUCAUCCUAAGUAGGCUCCUUUCUGUCAUUUGCAUUGAUUUUAUUUGUGUAUCAUCAAUAAAGAUUUAUGUUAAUGCUGGAAAGAAAUAACAGAAGAAGAAAGAAACUAUCCUGUUGUUUGGUUUAUAAUCUAGUUGUAGAGAUAAGAAACAUACAAAUAAACAAACAAAAAAACCAAAAAACCAAACCCUGAGAACAUUUGAAGCAUACAGUCUGUCAGAUGUGUACCUUCAGAACAGAGAAGAGGCAAAGGCUUUGGUGGCUGGCUACAUGAGUCAGUUUAAAGCUUUAGGGAGGUGAGAGCCAUUGAAAGGGAGUCCUGAAUCUGGUAGGGAAGUUAGUGCAUUCCAUGAGACCAGAGUCGAGGAGAAAUGAUGUAAGAAAAGCAUUGAUUUGGGAAGCCUUAUGGUAGUCAAAAUAGCCUUCUUCAGGUUAAGAGUGUGGGAAGUGGAACGAAGUAAUUCUGGAAAACUGUG